UGAAGCGGAACGAGGAACACGGUGUUUUUAAAAAGCUCACAGACUUUUAGACGUUUGUUUUAUUCACGUUGCAGAAGAUGUUAGAAUGUUAUUGAUGUAUACCGGCCAGGCGGGGACAGACACCGCCCGUGCGAAGCGUACGGGUGAAUAAUCCGUCAUCCCUCGGUACCAUCCGCGGAAAACAACAUCCGCCUCCUGACGCUUCUGUGACCGGAACCCGUCCACGUUCUCCUCCUGCAGGAGUCACACGUUGAGCUAGUAUCUGAAGGAGCAGGAGGAGAAGGAGGUGAAGCAGGAGGAGGUGAAGCCGGGAGAAGAUGGAGAGCUGCGGCUUCCAGAACCAGCUCCUCUCCGUCAUGGAGGUGCUGGCCAAGGCGGCGGUGGAGGAGAUCAACCGGCGGGUGGAGGACAGCUGCGCGGUGCUGCGGGUGGAGGUGAACCGGAGCAGGAGGGACAUCGAGCUGCUGAAGAACAAGUGUGAGCUGAUGGAGGCCGAGCUGAGGAGGAGCAGGCUGAGGAGCAGGAGCAGGCUGAGGAGCAGGAGGAGAGCAGGGGACCGGUGUUCUCCUGUGGUCAAAGUGAUUCUCAGGAAACAAACUCAGAUCAGAGACUGGGACACACAGAGGGAAGCUGAGGCCGCACAGCAGACACAGCAGGGCGUCGACCUGGAGACGCCUGACGAAGACGUGCAGAUCAAAGAAGAGUGUGAAGAGGAGGACGAGUGGAGGAACGACACGGACACACAACUGAUGUCUCCAGCAGAACCGUCCCCGUGUUUCAAGUCCUCGCCGCCUCAGCCGGGCGACGCCUUUGUGGAUCACUACCUCUCAGCCGACGACCCGGCAGAACCAGAACCAGAACCAGGAUCUGAACCAGAACCAGGAUCUGAACCAGAACCGGACGGGUGUGACACUUUUCCACCGGAGCAGCAGCAGCUGAGCGACUCAGAACUCGUGGUGAAACACGAGCUGGAGGAGGAGCCGGACGAGAACACGGCGCCGCUGGAAUCCUACAAUGCGUCCGUGGCGUUGGACGAUCCCGACCAGCUGUGGUCGUCCGGUCUGUGCCGGGACGCAGCCGAACCCGGCUUCUCCUGCACGCCGACGGGGCGGCUGGUUCGAGUGAAAAAACUUAAGUCCAGGACGUUUCGAUUUCGACGACCACAAGCAGAGGACGGACUCAACGCUCAGAUGAACUCCUCGGGUCACAGCUCCAUCGCUCACCAGCACCAGCGCCGAGACGAGGAUCCAAACCCGGGCGCCGCCUCCUCCUCCUCCUCCUCCUCCCGCGGCAGCUUCGGCCUGGCGAGGAGGAUGCGGACGCCCUGGAGGACCGGCGUGGGCGAGAAGAGGUUCAGCUGCACCUUCUGCGACAAGAGCUUCAUGAGGUUCAGUCAGCUGAAGGAACAUCUGAGGAGCCACACGGGCGAGAAGCCCUUCAGCUGCGAGCAGUGCGGCCGCAGCUUCACCAAGCAGUGCAACCUCAUCCGCCACGCCGUGGUGCACAGCGGCGAGAAGCCGUACGGGUGCGCCCUCUGCGGGAAGUGCUUCACCCAGCGCUCCAGCCUCAAGUCCCACCAGAAGACGGCGCACUGAGCCCAAGCGGGUCUUUUUAUACACGUCCGAUUCCCCGUGUUCGGUCACUUAAAGGGGACAUGUUAUUAAAAGCUGACUCAUUAGCUUUUAAAGGAACAGGGACUCAAAACAGGUCAAUCUGAGGAGGUGCUGUUCUAGACCGGGUCAAAGAGUUCUGUUUCAAAUGAUCCUUGUGGUAUUUGGACCAAAAUAUGUUACAGACAUUUCAUUAAGACCCCAAGGAACCAUAUCAACUUCUGAUAAAAUGGGCAUAAUAUGUCCCCUUUAAAGAAAUGUUGUAGUUUUUUCAAGCACAUGAUGAUAAAACUGGUUUAAUUGUAUUUGUCAUUUCUAUUGUUGUUGUUCUCACUGCGUUUGUUUAAUAUUACAACAUUUGAUUUAUUGUUGACUGGUCUCGUGUUGUAGCUCCGUGAUUUAGUCCUUUCAUAUUUCUCACAGAUCAAAUGUUUUUCUUUCGUCUGACAAAACCCAAAGAUAUUAAUUUAUGAAUCUAUUCAUGACAGAGAAGAGCAUCAAAUCCUCACACAUGAGAAGAUGAAACAGCAAAUAUUUGACAAAUGUGUUUAAUUGAUAAAUGGACUAAUCCUCACAGCUCUAAUUUAGAUUAAAGGUUCAAACUGUGUCAUGUUUCCAGUCGUGUGUGAGAGUGAAAAUCU